CCUCCCCUGGGCGGGCCGGCGGCAACAUGGCCGCGCUGGCCCCGGCGCUGGCGGCGGCGGCGGGGCGGCUGCAGAAUGAAAGCUGUUCCAGUACUGCAGGUGCUGGCCGACAAUUUCAGAGCCGGAAGAUCAAAGCUGAACGAGCUAAGAAAGUUGAAUUCAUAAGAACUGCAGAAAAGCUAAAAGCUCAGCUUGCAAAUAUAGAAAAAGACAAAACUGGACACCUUUAUAACAGGAAGAGUGAUUUCAGGGUAGAAUACAGAUUACUAGAGGAACUGGAACACAGCAUGACUGUCAGCAGGAAAAUGGAAAAAGCUAAAAUCCUGCAGCAGCUAUCAAAAAUACAAAACAACGUGAAGAGACUUCAGCAGCAAUUAAAAGAUGUGAAGCCUACACCAGAGUUUGUUGAAAAGAUCAAAGAAAUGAUGGAAGAAAUUGAAAAUGCAAUCAAUGCUUUUAAAGAGGAACAGAGGCAAAUAUAUCAACAGCUUUUGAAAGAGGAAAAAGCUGUCAUUAAUGAGCUCAGUCUCUUCGAGAGAAAAGUGGAACUGUGGGCAUUAGGGAGCUCAAUAGCAGCAAAAGCUUGGAAAUUACCAUCAGCCAGGGUCACAGUUGAUAAAACACUGGAAAAUCAUCUACCCAGAGAAGUAAUAGAGUUUGAAAGAUUUCUUCAGCGAACAGGAGGGCGGCAAGGAGGCUGGGAUGAUUAUGAUCAUCAAAAUUUUCUGAAAAUACGGACAAAAUACAGAGGAAGGCUGUCUUACAUGGAUGAAGCGCUUGAGUAUCUCAGUGGAAGAACAAAAGAAGAUAUAGAACAGCAUGACAAAUGGUAUCAAGAAUAUGUAAUUUUACAUGAAAGAAAGAAAGAGUCAAUUAAAAAGUGGAAAGAAAAGCAACAGCAAGAGAAAGAAAGAAAUUUGAAGGAGAAAUCAGAAAAAAUGCUCAAGGAAAGGCUACAGCGUGAAGAAGCUCAGAAGCAAAAAGCAGAAGAAGAAAGAAAAAGAAAACAAGCCAAAGUUGAAGUCUGGAAGAAACAGAAAGUAGUAGCAUUUGCAAUAGAUCAAGUGUCACAACUAAAACUAGAGGAGAAAAUGCAACAAAAAGAGCGCCAAAGCCACGUGAAGUUACUGUUGGAAAGGAAUACUUUGCAAAAAAAAGUAAAGGAGGAACUUGAAAAGCUUGAAAAUGAGAAGAGAGAGGAAACUGAAAAGGAGGGAAGGAAAAAAAUUGCUGCAGAAGAAAUUUCUAAGUUUCAAGAGCAUGCUCUACAUAAACUGGAGCUAAGGGUUUUACAGAAACACGCUAAGGAGAUAGAGAAAGAAGAAAGACAAAAAAGAUUGGCAAAGUUAAGAGAGAAGGUCGAGAUUCCGGUCACCAGGGACCGAUCCAGGUUGAACAGACCUUCCAAGGGCGGCGAGGAAAGCAGGCAGGAGAUGGCACCAGCAGCUGCAGAGCCAGCGCUGCGCGUUUCCCAGAGAGCCGUGCCAGCCUGGAGAGGAGGGUCGUAGCUGCGCGCCAGCCUGUCCCUGUCGCAGGACGAAGCAGCAGCCGGCAUUUCCAGGGAGCCGGCACAGAGCUGGCUUGACCCAUGGCGUGUAUUACCUCUGCAUUCCUUGAGUGCCGGCUUUGGCACGCCGGCUGCCAGACCGGCCGGCUGUGAUGUCCCUUAAGACGCGUUAAAAGCGCGUUUUCCCCGCUGGUGGCUGUGGCGGCCCUUGAGCGUGGGGUCGCCGCUCUGGCCCCCGCCGCAUGAACUGAGGGGCCCGUCCCCCUUUCCUCAGCUCCGUCCCCCUUCCCUCGCCCCGCUCCGUCCCCCUUUCCUCAGCUCCGUCCCCCUUCCCUCGCCCCGCUCCGUCCCCCUUCCCUUCCGUUUCCCCGCCCCGGGCCGUGACGCGAUCCGGGCGCGCCGGGCGCGGGCAGCAGCGGCGAGAUGGAGAUGGCGGCGGCGGCGGCGCCGUGCCCGGGAGAGCCGGAGCGGCUGGACUUCCUGCGGGAGCGGCACGUGCGCUUCUUCCAGCGGUGCCUCCAGAUCCUGCCCGAGCGCUACUCGUCCCUGGAGACCAGCAGGUAGCAGCGGGCCGGGCUCGUCCGGCGGGCCCCCGCCCGUCCCGGGCCCGGCCGCGCUCCCCUCCCGGCGGGCGGUCGCGGUGGCGGGGAGGCCCCGCCGCAGCGCUGCCGCCUCCCGCGGCCGGGGACAGCGAGCAGCGCCCCGCGGCCGGGAGGAGAAAUCCCUGUAAACCCGCCCGCCGGCAGACGGCUCCCGAAAAACGUGUGUUGAUGUAGGGGUGUAGUCGCUGCUCGCGUAAACUGCUUGAUGUCCACGAGGGAAGACUUGUUGAUCCUUCUAAUCGGUUUUAAAUCCAGUGCUUCACUCCCUUAAUCCGCCCUGGAAGCCAUUUUAAAAUAAAUCACUUAAGCUUUGCUUCGGCACGCUUGUUCAUGUAACAUACUUGUUCAUGUAACAAAUAUUUUUUAAGUCUUCAUUACCUAGUAUAAAAGACAAAAUACUAGUGAAGUAUGUUCCUUACUUUGAAUUGGAGGGACAUUUGUUCCUCUGAUGGCUUCAGAGUGUACUUACUUGAUAUUCUUCAAGUCUUCAUGUGAGAUAGUUGCAUAGGAGGUAUAAGAAUACUAGGAGUGUGAUUACCAAGCUGCACAUGUUGGAGACAUGUAGACGGUUUGAUCAUCUUACUCGGCCAAUAAAGUAGUAAGAUUCUCUCCACUUUAUAAUGUCAUCCUGUGAGGAAUGAGCCAUGGCUUUGAUCAGGUCAUCCUGCUUUAUUUCAGUUGAGAGCGCAAACACCUAGAACUAGAGCAUAAGCAUGUAAGGACUAGAACAGAUUGUGCUGGGCUGUGUGUGAUAUAACACAACUUUAUAUUGAAAAGUUAGAAAUGGAGUCACUGGAGAGGGACUUCCAAGGUGGUUAAGGGACUGGAGCAUCUGUGCUAUGAGGAUGGGCCUGUUCAGCCUCAAGAAGAGAUGACUGGAGAGGGUCUUAGCAAUGCAUUAAAAUAUGUUAAAGGGUACAUAGCGAGAGGAUGGGACCAGACUCUUUAAGUGGUCUGUGGGACAGGGCAAAGAGCAGCAGACACAAACACAGGAAGGUCCUUCUCAAUAAAAGAAAAAACUUCCUCACAUUGGGGGUGACUGGUCACUGAACCAGACUGCCUGGAGAGGUUACAGAGUUUUCUUCCCUGGAGAUAUUCAAAACCUGCCUGGACACAAUCCUGUGGAAACUGCUCUUGGUAAACCUGCAUUAGGAGAAAGGGGUUGUACUAGAUGAUUUCCAGAGGUCCUUUCCAACCCCAGCUACUCUGUAAUUUUGUUAAAUUUUGUUUGCAGAAUUGUAAGUAAUUUACUCAUUAAAAAUUAGCUGGUGUUUCA